UGAUUAAAUACUUUUCCAACUGACCGUUGUGACCUUAGUAAGCUCUCUCUCUGUCCUCAUCAAAAACGCUCUUCACGCUCCACACUGCAGUUUCAAUCUGGCCAAAUUUUGCUAAGGAAUGGCGAUUUCCGAGGUGUUUGGCGAAGAUGAUAUGGCGAUCGAUGAAGGCCUUGGGUAUCCGAAGGCCUACGCCAAGCUAUGUCGAGAUAAGGGAUUCGGACCGUAUAGCCAUGGACCGCCUUUUGCUUUUAUGCCUUACGCUCUGGCUCAGGAAGAGGAUUCAAGGGCAAAUGAAUUGGAUGCGUUGUUUCCAAUAAUUGAUCCAAAGGCAAAACCUACUACUAAACCGAAGAUCUUCCUGAAUCUCUUGUGGAAACAGCUAAGCCAUCUCGGGAAUGCUGGUUUUGAUCCUGAAAUAAUUCGUGUCGAUCCUUUCGGAAAUGUUCUGUACUAUCAUGCUGAUGCUGCUUCCCCUCUUGCUUGGGACAUUGAUCAUUGGUUUCCUUGCUCAAGAGGAGGAUUGACUGUUCUUAGCAACCUCAGAAUACUGCAGUGGCAAGUAUGCAGAAGGAAGCAUGACAAGCUGGAGUUUCUGAUACCUUGGUGGGAUUUUCAAUUGGGCGUAUCCAUUAACCAGUUCUUGUCCAUCUUUGCUUCGUCCAAUUCGGAUUUCAGGCACAGGGCAUUUUCAUGGUUGUUUUCUGAAGGUGAAUAUGAAGAACUGAACGCUUCACAGACAGUGGAUUCCCAUUCAUUCCCUCAGCAUUUCUUGGAUUCGACAGGGAAAGUAGGACUGGCUCCUGCUGCUGUUGUUCGGUCUCGAAGAGAAUCUUUCGAUGCGCCCUUGAAAGUUUUGGAUUUUAAUAGAAGGCCUAGACCGAGCACUCCUAUAGUAGCAGCCACAAAGAAAAUAAAACAAUUUCCGAAAGAAAAUCAAGAUCCAAUGAUGUCGAGCAACCCGUACCAAGCCAUUGUCUUGGCUAGAGAUUCUUUGAAACAGAGGGAAGAAACAGCAAAGAUGCAGGCAGAGAUACACAAACUAGACAACGAAGUAGGCGAGUUGCAGCAAAAGACUGAGGAACAGAAGCUGUCUAUCCAAGAACUGGAAAUGGUGCUGAUGAAGAAAAGACGGCGGGCUGAAAAGUGUCGGAGGCUAGCAGACUCACAGUCUUCAUACCGGGCAAUGCUGGAGAAGAUGAUUAGAGAUGCAAUGCAUCAAAGUGUUAUCUACAAGGAGCAAGUAAGGUUGAAUCAGGCUGCAGCAAGUGCUCUAAUGGCUAGACUUGAAGCACAGAAAGCAAUUUGUGAUUCUGCUGAGAGGGAUCUACAUAUGAAGCAUAGACAAAGAGAUGAGCUUGAGAAACAGAUGUCACAGGACUGGGAUGAUCAGGAAAGGAAAAGGUCAAGAACAACAGAUGAUUCUUUGAAUGAAAAGGAUGAUAACACCCCACUGUAUUUGCCCGAACCGGAACAAGAAACCGAUCAGACUCCUCAUCCAUCAAUUGCAGACAAUGGCAAGAAGAAGGCUGUUCUGUGGUUGCCAGAAAUCAAGUCCACUUCCCCUUCACACAAGGAGCUGAGGAGGUUCUUGGAGGAGGAGCAACGAGCUUCGGCUACAAGUUUUCCACAGAUCGAUGAGGAACAACAUGAGGAGGAAGGAGAAGAAGAAGGAGAGAUCGUGCAGCAGAUACAAGAUGGAGAUAAAAUCUACAACCUGCAGUUCCCAGUUCAUCAUGAGCCGGAGGAGGAGGAGGAUGAAGAGAUCCGAAGGCAACGUGGGAAAGGAAACAUAGAAAAGUGGCUGCAGUUUCUUCUCGAAGAUACAAUAGAAGAUGCAGACUUUAAUCCACAGCAAUGCAGUAAUGAAAAUGAAACCAACCGUGCCGAUGAUGACUUCGUCAAGAAGCUCAAUCUCAUAUACCCUCACGCAAAGAUCAAAGUUUCAGCAGCUCAGGGACUGCAACAAACUGAGAAUGCAACAGUGAUUCGCAAAACAGUCGAACAGCAGAAAGUAUCCGAGGACAAUAAUGAUGAGAAAACAGAAAGCUCGAUCGAAGUUGAGACAACAAUCUGUAAGACUCCCUACAAGAAUCCUCCUUACAAGAUUGCGCCGGAGAAAACAGGGGCAAAAGAGUCAGCUUCCAUGGCUAAAGAAACACGAAGAAUGAGUAGCCCUGCAGGCAAAGCUUCCAAGGAGAAGGAGCUUCUGAGGUCGGAGAGUGCCAGAGGAUUCCGGAGAAUCCCAUCUUCUCCAUCGCUUCUCUUGGGAGGCAUGAAGAAGCGAGUCGACUGCAUAGGGAAAAAGCCUUCUGUUCUUGGCGACAACGACAAUGAGGACUAUUCCGGCCGGAACAGCUUCCUCAAAUCCUCCAUCAAAACCAUCAAAAGAGCUGUAAGGAUUUAGAUUACACAUUAUUCAUUUGAUUGUGAAUUUUAUAGUGUGC